AAUGCUUUCGUCGUUGCCGUCUGUUUGCCACCACCGCCGCCGCCGCUGAUCAACAUAUAUCCGUAAUCUCAGGACAACCGAUUUUACACCGCAUCGGCCCAGGUCAAGAUUAUUUCUCGUCUGCAGCGAUCACAGACGAUCGUUGCCGAUUAACUGAAAUUGCAUUCCAGACGUCAGCGCAAACACAAGUUGCAAUAACGCGACAUCGCCUGUCGUGAUAAUAUUAUACUUGGAUCCUCUGUCAAAAGCUGUACAGGACAGCCAUGAAACUUCAGACAUUUUCGUCGGGCGGCAGCACUCCGUCACCACAAGGCUUUUCGAUGUCACCGACAGCCGGCACCAGCGUCCGUUGGUCGAACUGGAACAGCGCGUUCUGUCCAGUUCGCUCGGCCGCCGCGGCCAUGGAUAUGUCCUUCACCGAGGUGCCGUAUCCCACGAUGAUCAAUCCCAGCCACAUGAUGGUGCGCCCGUACAGAGUUGUCAAUGAUCAGAUAUUUCCGUUGGUCUGGCCGUUCGGGCCAUCGUAUCCGCCGAUGCACACGCCCAGUCAUCCGUUCUACCUCUCCAACGCCAGUAUCGAGUACCAGCGCCAGGUCCAGUUGCAGCUCAAUUACAUAAAUCUGCAGCAAAACGAACGGUUCCGUCAGCAGAUCUCGCCRGACAGGGCCAGCCUGGACGCAGCCGGCCAGACGCCCGAGAUGGCUAGGUUAGAUGAAAUUUCUGAAACGCCGUUGAACUUGUGCAUCAAAAAACGUAGUCAAGAAAUUUGGUCGCCAGGAAGUUUGUGCGAGCAGGAAAAGUCGCCCGUAGCCACGGAAACUUCAACAGAUAACGKAAUGGGAGUAGAAAGAUCUUUUCAGUGUCAGUUGUGCUACAAGACUUUCAAGCGUUCUUCAACGCUAUCGACUCAUCUGCUAAUUCACUCCGAUACGAGACCAUAUCCAUGUCAGUUUUGUGGUAAGCGAUUCCACCAGAAGUCGGAUAUGAAGAAGCACACUUAUAUUCAUACUGGCGAGAAACCGCACAAGUGCGUUGUGUGUCUGAAGGCGUUCAGCCAGUCGUCCAACCUGAUCACGCACCUGCGCAAACACUCUGGCUACAGGCCAUUUCCAUGCGGCCUGUGCGACAGGGCGUUCCAGCGGAAGGUGGACUUGCGCAGGCACCGCGAGAGCAUGCACCCCGGAUCCCCGGCCGCUCAGCAAUACCACAUCACCAGCACCACGGCCGCGGUGGCCGACAACCAGACCGCUCUCACCAUCGCCACGCUCCAGGCCCCGUCCACCGCCGCCGCUAUUGCUUCCGCCACCGCCGCCGCAUCCACCGCCUCUACAUCCUCGGCCAUAGACGCUGUCGUGGCCGGAAGUAGCGGCAUGCUCAACUAAUUGGCGCGCCGCGAGAACGAAGCGUCGAAAGGUAAUCGUUCUCUUUUCGGUGCCCAAGUCCACUGCCACACUAGUCUCUACCACGGCAGGCUUGGACAUUGAAAUAAGCACGAACUUUCAACACGCCUCAUUCUUCGGUGGUUCGACGUCCGCGCACGCGCAGACGGCAGCCACCGCCAUAGCAACUCAUCCAAGACUACAUUAAAAAAAAWUUUUUUUUAUUAUAUAUCAUGUAUAGUAUUAUAUAUUUAAGUACACGAGCCAACGCCGGUCCUACAAACAACAUCGCUCGCUACCUACCCGGUUAUCGGGAUUUUGUCGGAUUUUCAUCACCGUCCGAGGACCGAAUAAUAUAAUAAUCGUUCGUCCGCGAAUAUGAACGAAAACUCGACAAAACCAUCGAUUACUAUAUCACAAGUCGCAGCACAUGAUGAAGGUCGUGUAUACAUAUCAAUAUAUAUAUAUAUAAUUAUCCUUAUUUAUACACAUAUAUCGUUAUGAAUUACGACCUGCCGAUCAGGGUGGUCUGUGCCGGGUCGAAGUCCUUUUGCGCGAGUUCCGCAGAAACAAAACUUAAAAAAAAAAAAAAUGAAGAAAAAGAAAUGUCCGUUCGCCCCGGGACGCCGGAGUGUGCAAGUCUCUCGGGACGUGUCGGACUCGCGCGAGCAUAUGGUCGCCAUCACACCCAAAUAUAUACGACCACCGAAUCGGCAUUUCGUGCAGUGUAAUUAAUAAUAUAAUCCUAUAUAUCAUAUAUAUUAUGUAUAUAUAUAUAAAAUUUUGUGUGGCGUAUGAUAUUAUAAUAUAUUAUGUAUACACGUAUAUCACGAGGGAAGGAAAAAGAAACAAAAAAUCGAAAAUCGCGUGUGCCCCGCCGCAUGACCUACUGCAAAGGAACGAGAGUAACAGCGGCACCAAAUCACACAUGGUGGUCGCCUUUUGACGUGCUGCGGCAAUGUGUUUGCACUGAAUAAUAAUAUUAUGUCGUCGUGAUUUAUUAGUUAUCGGUCCUCGCGAUAAGAACCGAGCGAGCAGUCGUGUAUAUCGUUAUAUUAUUGUAUAGUCAACAGACCAUAUUUUUAUUACUUUUAUUUUGUACGAUAUUAUUAUUAUUAUAACUUCGAGUCAUAUAUACAUAUAUAUAAUAUAUAUAUAUAUAUAUAUAUAUAUAUCAUAAAAUAUAGUUCAUUAUACGAUUGUAACCCGCAGCAGUUAGCGCACAUAAGGCGAGCGUCGAACCACACACACGGAUAAUAUAUUAUUUUAAUAUAAUAUGUGCUAACCCACUAACAUCGUAGCGGAUAUGCGCGCAUCUCUAGUCCGUCCCUCGUUAACCAAUCGAUUCUGCAAAAGAGUGCCGAAUCGAGCAAUAUAUAUAUAUGUAUGUAUAUAUAUAUUAUUUUGAUGUUAUGAAUUUUUUUUUUCGAUUACCAUUAUCGUUUAGGCUCAUUCGCCACUAGUCGAGUCGCGUCGAAUUCCGCACAUUAUAUUAUAUCCAACACAAUAAUAGUAGAAUAUAAUAUAAUGAACACGAUACGACUCGACGAUUGGCGAAAGCAGCUUUAUUAUUGUUAAUAAUAAUAAUAAUAUACUAUAUUCACCCCACACAAAAUAUUAUGUUCAAAAAAAAAA